CCAGAUUUUCGAGCAUCUACCCUCAUUGGGAAUAGGGUCUGAGGAAUUAAUAUUGAUUUAAUUCCAACUUCGAAGUUUCAAUCUGAAGAGCCCACGCCGUAUUGCGCUUGAUGGUCUUUCUUGCGCAGAGGCAAUUGGUUGAUUGGCGGUCCAAUUUACCGUCAGCGUUUGGAGACGGUGACAUUGGACAGUGCACUUUGAUCUGAACAUUCACAGAAAACCGAGUACCUGAGUACCGAAAGCUUCAAGGGCUCCCCAGAGCUUGGGUUUGUUAGUUAGUGGCUUUGCGACCUAACACUCCUGCGUCCAAGGCAUCUUUUUUUACACUCUCCAAAUCGCCUGCCAUGGACUCCGGAUCUACCUGGAAGAGCUCGCUGUCAUCGUCUGAGCGUUAUGAAAACAUCCAGAAAAUAAAGAAAUCAAUUGAAACAUUGGACUCGACCAACGCAGCUGCACAAAAAGAUGCAUUCUCAGUUGAGAAUAAGGCGUACCAGACAUCCCAAUCGCUCGACGAGUACUAUGCAGCAUGCCGGAUUUUCGCUACGCAGGAAGCCCCAGUCUCACCUGCAGCCGAGCCGCAGUCAACGGGUGACAAGGUCCCGUUAUCUCCCGGUAUUGUCAUUGGGCCUUACCAUGACUGUCAUUAUGUCGCCAGUGGUGUGACCGCUGAGGUGUACCGGGUGAACACCCGAGCGCUCAAAGUGAUCACCGAAACCCGAAAUAUCGAGCCCCAUAACCCCAGCAGAGAGGCGAAGAUGUUGGCAUCUCUCAAGAAGCCCUGCAUCCCUCUUUUAGAAACCUUCAGGGACCAGGAACAGCGAUUCGUGCUGGUAUUCCCAUAUAUGCCGUUGAGCCUUGAUGCCCUGCUCGCACGAGGGCCCCUGUCGAGAGCACAAGUCUGCAAGCACUUUCAGAACCUGUUGGGAGCAUUGGAGUACAUCCACAGCCAAGGCAUCAUCCACCGAGACAUCAAACCCUCAGCUGUCCUACUCGAGUCGCCAGAUGGUCCUGCGUAUUUAUCGGAUUUUGGUACAGCCUGGCAUCCGGAAAUGUCUGUCGUCACCGAGCCGCCGGACCAGAAAAUCCUCGACAUUGGCACAGGUCCCUAUCGAGCUCCUGAAGUCCUGUUCGGAAACAGAUCGUACGGCCCUGCAGUCGACAUGUGGGGUGUUGGCACGAUGCUUGCGGAAUGCUGUCGGAAGCCUCCACGGCCGUUGUUUGAAUCGCGUCCAGUAGACGAAGAUGGAAAUCAACUGGGUUUGAUAUUGAGCAUAUUCAAAACGAUAGGGACUCCGACAUUGCAAUCGUGGCCGGAGGCGGCGACCUUCAGAACUCCGCCGUUCGAGAUGUACACGGUUUUUGAAGAACGACCAUGGGAGACAAUAUUACCCGAUGUUGACGCCGACUUUCGGGAUGUCGUUGCUUCGCUGGUGAAGUACAACAGCAGUCGAGCUACCGCUACCCAGGCAUUGUCGGUCGAGUGUCUGACAACCGAGUGAGUCCUUAAAUCGAACUCCGCGUCGGUUUCGAAUCAUGUUUGAGAAUCCCAAGAGGAUCCCACCGUCGGAGGAACCGCCAUUGGUGAUCCGAACAUCCACACUUGAUCCCGAUGAUCCCGAUGUGCUCACCAUACCAAAUCACAUUCACCAUGGCCAACUGUCAAUUAUCACUCGCUCGGUCUGCAUAUUCUCGGACGGCACAUCGAUGCAAAGUGGUUCUCCAGAAGCCCCGUGGGCAAAUACAGCUUGU